AUGUCGAACCCAGCUCCUCAGGCCGCUGGCCAGGGUGCUGCUGGAACCCCUUAUGGCAACCCCCCUCCUUCAGCAGGCGGAGCGGGCAGUGGCUCGGCUGGUGCAUCAGCGCCAUCUACCACUCCAUCUGCCCAGAAUCUAAACCAAAUUGUCACCGAUUAUCUGAAGAAGAAAGGCUUCACCAGGACUGAAGCAGUCUUUCGUCAAGAAACUGCUCACUUGGGCCCCGAUGGCAGACCCGUAAAUCGAAACGAUGAUCCUGGGCCCAAAAAGUACCUGAAAGCUUUUCUCUUGCUGAAGAAUUGGAUCGACAACAAUCUCGACAUCUACAAGUUCGAAUUACGAAAAUUAUUGUGGCCGGUCUUUGUCUACUCGUAUUUGGAGCUCGUCAGUCAGGGCUAUGUCGAUGAUGCCAAGCACCUCCUGGAGACCUUACGCUCGCAUUUUGAGGCCGUUCACCAAGACCAGUUGGCUCUUCUAGAUACUGUCACGCUUCCACAGCAUGUCAGCGAGAACCACACCACUCGGCUCUAUCGCGAGAACAAAUAUCGUAUUCCUCUGAACCAAUCACUCUCCGGCAAUCUCUUUCAUUUCUUAGAGCGAGAAGCAGACAACGGAGGUGCGACAAUCAUCUAUAUCCUUCAAACUCACUGUAGUGUGGAGACUAGCGCUCGCGGUCCAAUUGAGCCUUACAGCUUCGAGGCUAUCUAUCGUCGGGCUCGAAACCUCGACCUCGACGAAGCUGACGCCCAUGAGGGUAUCCCUGGUAUCUUCACUGGCGUGACCAAUCGAGACGUGCUCGACACAAGUGCCAGACUUAAGCUUGGGCCGCUUCCUAUGGAACCAGAGCUUAGAGAAGAUGUUCGGGCAGAACUUGAAGAAGAGGAUCAGCGGAAUCCUCCUAUGGACAACCGUCCGACGCUUGUCGAGGAGUUUGACAAGAAAAUCAAACGUGAGGAGAGCGCUGACUCUCCUUCCCGCAACGAUCUUCCUCUUCCUGCAUCCCGGGCUCGCGAUGUGGUGAUGGAAAUGCAAAAGGUUCGCGAAAACCGCGAUCGAUUUGUGAUCGAGGGCCGAACUGGUGGUAUCGGCAUCCCCGUGUCUGCCUGCAUGUUCACUUUCCAUAAUACGUUGGGAACUGUCUCGUGUAUGGAUUUUUCCAACGAUCAUAAGUUAGUUGCAGUUGGCACCAUGGACUCCUAUAUCCGUGUCUGGUCGCUCGAUGGGAAACCCCUCAAAUCCGCUCUGGAAAACGAGAAGAACCUCAAGGUCAAUAAUCGGAAGCUCAUAGGACACUCCGGCCCCGUUUAUGGGGUGUCAUUCUCGGAUUCCAUCGCCAACCUUGACCGCAACAUAUAUGGAGAAGGAGAUGACAAAAAACCGGACACCAGCAGCAAAUUGCUUCUGUCAUGUUCAGCGGAUGGUCAAAUCCGACUGUGGUCACUGGAAAUUUGGGCUUGCUUGUGCAUCUACAAGGCCCACGAUGGCCCAGUCUUCCGCGUCCUUUGGGGUCCCCAUGGCCACUACUUUGCAUCAGCAGGAUGGGACAAGACCGUUCGCGUCUUCACUCAAGACCAUGCAUCGGCGGUUCGCAUCAUGGUUGGGCACGAUACUAGCAUUUCGGCACUGGCUUGGCACCCCAACGGCACUUAUGUCUUCUCUGCCUCGGAUGAGAUGGACAAGUCCAUUCGCAUGUGGUCGGUAAUUACUGGCAAUUGCGUGCGUAUCUUUACUGGGCACACCCACUACAUCACCGCGCUGGAGUGCGCGCACAACGGCAAAAUCCUUGCCAGCGCCGACACCGGUGGAAACAUUUUCAUCUGGGAUAUUGAAAAGGGAACGCUAAUCAAGAAAUGUCGCGGCCAUGGCAAAGGAGGUAUUCCGUCACUCAGCUUUAGUGCCGAGUCUAACGUCCUCGUCUCGGGCGGUUUGGACUGUACCGUCCGUGUGUGGGAUAUCGAACUGCCCGCCGAUCCCAACAAGAAUAACCCCCUCGCUCCCAGCACUACCCAGUCCGGCCAGCAGUCAGAUGGGACUACAGCAACAGGUGACACGAUUGCGGUCGGAGGAUCGGCGGAUGGUCGUAAUAUUACAGUGGGCGGCCAAGGCACCCAGGCCGGGGGUGCUGGUACUUCUGGCAGCGGCGUUGCUGGUGCAGUCACCGGCAAAAAGAAGGCCAAGGAAGUACAGAUCACUCCAGACCAGAUCAGCGCAUUUGCGACCAAGAAGACUCCAGUACUGAAGGUUCGGUUCACGCGGAUGAACCUGAUCGUGGCAGGAGGUUGUUAUGACCCGGAGCGUUAG